AAUAUGGCGUCGUGCUGAGAUUGCAGAGAGGCAGCAAAACAGUGAAGUCGGUUAGCUACACGGUACGGUUUGAGGUCCGCCACUGUUCUUUGAAAAAUGUUCACACUGGAGGUAAGGUAAAACUAACACUCUGAAGCGUCUCAGGGAGACCCAGACACCGCCAGAGAAAGAAAUUUGAGGACGCGCCUGUCAACGCGUUGUAUUUUCCAGCAGUGAUGUCACAAACAGAUGCUUCUGCAGACACCACACCCUUCUUCUCGGAUGAAAAUGAGGGGGAGGGGCCUGUUGACAACGGGGUGGGGCAAUCUCAUUCUAAGGAGGAGGAGUCUGCUAGUGGAGUGUCAAAUAGAAGGGCUAUAUUGACAGUUAUUGUCCUCUGCUACAUCAACCUACUAAACUACAUGGACAGAUUCACUGUGGCAGGUGUACUCCCAGACAUUGAGCAUUUCUUCAACAUUAGUGAUGGCAAAUCAGGACUUCUUCAGACAGUCUUCAUCUGCAGUUACAUGUUUCUAGCUCCAAUAUUUGGUUACCUGGGUGACAGGUAUAACAGGAAGGUUAUCAUGUGCGUGGGUAUUUUCUUUUGGUGUAUAGUGACACUGGCCAGCUCCUUCAUUGGCAAAGAUUAUUUUUGGGCAUUGUUGGUGACGCGGGGGCUGGUGGGUGUUGGGGAGGCCAGUUACUCCACAAUUGCUCCCACCAUAAUUGCUGAUCUGUUCAUCAAGGAGAAGAGGACCAACAUGCUGUCUGUGUUUUACUUCGCCAUCCCAGUGGGCAGUGGUCUGGGUUAUAUAGUGGGCUCAAAGGUGGAUGAUGUGGCUGGGGACUGGCACUGGGCUCUGCGGGUGACCCCUGGUCUGGGGCUUCUGGCAGUGGUCCUCUUGGUGUUUGUGGUUCAGGAGCCAGAGCGUGGUGCAAUCGAAGCUCACCCAGAGCACACGGUGCACAGAACCAGCUGGCUGGAGGACAUGAAAGCGCUCUGCAAGAAUCCAAGUUUUGUUCUUUCCACUUUUGGCUUCACGGCUGUGGCCUUUGUGACAGGAUCUCUGGCCCUGUGGGCCCCUGCAUUCUUAUUCAGAGCGGGGGUCUUCAACGGAGAAAAACAGCCCUGCUUAAAGAACCCAUGUGACACCUCUGACAGUCUGAUUUUUGGUAUCAUCACAGUUGUAAGUGGUAUUCUGGGUGUAGCGGGUGGAGUACAGGCCAGCAAGUUGCUGAGGAUAAAAACCCCACGAGCUGAUCCUCUGGUUUGUGCUGCAGGACUCCUCCUUGCUGCUCCAUUUCUCUAUCUGUCCAUCAUGUUCGCUCAGGCUAGUACUGCGGCCACUUAUGUCUUUAUCUUCUUGGGUGAAACAUUCUUGUCUAUGAAUUGGGCGAUUGUAGCAGACAUCCUCCUAUAUGUUGUGAUCCCCACACGGCGCUCCACAGCAGAGGCCUUUCAGAUUGUGCUCUCGCACCUGAUGGGUGAUGCUUUUAGCCCCUACCUCAUUGGAGUGGUGUCCGACUCGCUAAAGAAGUCUGACUCGUAUAUGUGGGAAUUUCGCUCUCUUCAAAUGUCACUCCUGCUGUGCUCCUUCGUUGCCGUGGGGGGUGGAGCUUUCUUCCUGGCUACAGCCCUCUUCAUUGAGCAAGAUAGAAAUCUGGCUGAAAACUACGUGCCCUGUGAUGAUGCACCAAUUGUUGUUCCAAAGAGGGGCAGGUCCACUAAAGUAACAUUAUCAAGCGUUUUAAUUUGAGACGCCAAAAGGAUUUGGCUGGUUCUCGGUACAGGGAACAACUGUCUGAUUUGCUUAGACAGACGGCACUUGAGUCGCCGACAGCCAGUCCUGGAGCAGUUUCAGACAAAUAACUGAUUGGACUCUCUUCAUAAUAAGAAGUUUUAUAGUAAAUUAUUAUAUAUUAUUAUUAUUAUUAUUAUUAUUAUUAUUAUUAAUUUGUUUUAUUCUUUUUUUUUUUUUUCCUUUUUCAUCUUAACACAAUAUUGAUUUUGGGAACAUGUCAAACUAACAAAAAUUCAAUUAAUGUCUUUCCUGGAAGUUCUGUGGCUAUCAAUUACACAAUAUCAAUUUGCUGUCUGUAGGGAGUCAAAGGUCAGUGAUACAGGUCAAACUCAGUUGCUGUUAGUCAGAUGUCUUUAUAGAAACUGAUAAAGAUGGUUUUUAAUCAAGUUGAAACCCAAUGCACUGUCAGAGUGUUGUUGCAUUUUGUUUUGUUUUUUUUAGCCCCAAAACCAGACUGCAACUACAAACAGAUUCAGACUAAACUUGAGGAAUACACUGAUCAGCACUGUCUAUAAUCUUCCUUAACUGCAACUUUAGUUUUUCAUUCUCUUUAAUAUAAUUUCUUCCAUAAUACAGUUGAGCUUCUUUAAACUCUUUUAGGAAGGACACAAUAAAACAAACACUAAUGCUGCCAUGAUUCAAAUAUAAGCUUAAUUUGAUAAUGAUAAUUGUUUUAUUAAUUUUAUAUAUAUAUAUAUAUAUAUAUAUAUAUAUAUAUAUAUUUCUUGCAAUGGCAUGUCUCCUGUCAUCCUGUCAAGAAGGGGAACUGUCUGAAAAAGUUUUUUUUUUUUCUUUUAUUAAUGCAGGCAGUUUCUUUUAUUAAUGCAUUCCCUAUGCUGUUAGUAAAAUUUGCAAAACAUUGCUUGUUAAUCUUGUUUUGUAACUUUUUUAAAUAUUAAAUGACAGCUUUUAUCUUAUUUGUGUCUGCUCAUUUUUCACUGUCAAAACAAGCUUUUAUUAUCUAUGUCUCCUAGCAUGACUUUCAUAUACAGCUUAUACUAAUAAUAGCACAUUUUUUUUACUUAAACUGCUUCAUAUCUUUCUCUCUGUCUCUCGCGUGUUUUGUUUCUCUCUCUCCAGUGGCAGGAACGAUGAUCAUAAGGUUUUCAGUUGCAGUGGUUUCCUGUUUGUAGGUGGGAUCUAGAGAUGCAAGCUUGCUUGGUAAAAUUGCUGAGAAUUUAAGUCUCAUGAAUGAACUAUGAAAACUGAAGUGCCUGAAUCGAAUUGAGUAUUCGCCGUACUGUGGAACAUUUGGUGAUUUGUUAUGAUCAUGUGAGAAAAUACUUGUACAUACACCAUUCCUGUAAUUUGUGCUUAUGUGUCUUUGUGUAGGUUACAAGAACACCACAAAAUGCUACAAGAGUGGGUGACAAGUUUGAGAAGUUAUGACUCACUCAUCAUGAAGCUCAGCACUUGCUUUUUAAAACAUGCAAUAUUUAAAAUGUUAAUUAAAAAUAUUUAACCUCAUUCCUUUCUCCAGAAACUGCUAUUAUGUGAUAUUUCAUCUAGUAUUGGUAAUUUAUUGAGGUAAAUCAUAAUGAAAGUAUAUCAAUUAUGCCUCUUUUGGUCAUUAUUGUUUUUAAAAAUAGCCAAUUAUUGUUUGAAAUAGAACCCUGGACAUAAUUGGGUGCAAUUAAAUUAUAAUCUUGUUCUAAUGUGGUCACAUUCUCAGACUAAUGUAGGUCAAAAAAAGGACUGUGUGCUUUUUGACCUCUUUGUGGGUGGUCGCUGCUACCUUUGGAUGUCAAACCAAAUAAAAAAAAACAAGAAACUGAAUAAAAUCUGCAUAGUGACAGAAAAGAGCAAGAAACCAAUCCUCUAGAUGAAAGCAAACAAGGGGGGAUGUGAAAUGUAGAAAGCAUCCACUUAGAGAGAGAUUGGGGGAGAAAGAAAAGAUGCUGAGUGGUGCAUGCAACUGAAUAGCAUUUUCAAUGAGCCAAUGAGGAGAGAGAGCAAGUGCAGCAAAAAAAAGAGACUUAAAAGUAAAGUUAUUUGCGCCAAAGGCCUAGUAGAUUAGUACCCACCUAAAUUGCUCAUAUCAAAUAACAAGACUUAAGAAAUUAAGUUCAGAUUAAGUGCAGAUAUGAGCAUAUGUUGCUGAUAUUUGGGUUAGGAUACCGAGCAAACGGGAGAAAGAGAGCAAAGGGACUGCACCUGAGGAAUAAGAUAAGGGCUUGCUGUGUGGGUGGCAGAAUAAAAAAUGGUGGCACCUUUAGUGUGAGCUGCGAGUUAAGUGUGAAUUUUGCAAUCUGCAUUAAGCGUGUCAACUGGUCUCCAGUUUGGUUGCAGAUUUCUGCUGAGCAGAACGUGUGGUGUCUUGACUGAAUUUGCUACUAGUAAUCAGUUAUGGACACUGCACUGCUGUCUGUUGUGGGCGGUGCUCUCCUCCUGUCAAUCAUCUUUGUAACCAGUCUUUGUGUAGGCUGCUGGGGCCGCAAACAACCAAGUAAGGCAAACGGUCACUUCCAAAAUGCAUCCGUCUAAAACAAAAAUCAAUCUUUCUUUUUCCAGAACUGCAUGCUAAAAUAAAAUGUGGUGGUAUAUGGUAAUCCAAAUAACAAAUUUACUGUACACUAACUGCCUAUUGGUAUACAGGUAUGCAAAACUCUAACAUCUUAAGAAAGAGUUGUACCAUAACGUUUGCUGUGUCUGUCUCAAUACUUUGUAAGUGCAUCAUGACAACAUUUAGUUAGUACAUUAGUAUUUCCAAACUAUUUCCUCUGUAGCAUCCAUCCAUCAGAGGUCCAGUGAUUCUAGUCCAGAAUACAACUCAACGUAAGGAAUAAUAUCUCUCACCCACCGAACAGAGGAUGUGUCUCUUUUCAGAUUGCAAUUUUCAUAAAUAUUGUGGGGUCCAAAAGUCUAGGAUCAUUUCUGAAAAUGCUUCUUAUAUUUAUUUUAAAUUACAUUAUUAUGCAUAACAAUUUGAGUGAAAAAAUAAAUAAAAAAAUUGAGUUUUUAAUAUCUGAUUUGGCCCCUUUUGCUUUAAUGACAACAUACACUCGAGCUAGCAUGGACUCCGCAUGUUUGAACAAGCAUGAUUUGAAACGUUCUAAAGAGCAUCUUGUGUGCUUCAGUGAAAGCAAGCAAAUCUAUCUGACCUUUUGUACAAAGGAGUCCAUGGUCCUGUUCAUGAAUAUCUUACAUUUGAUAAGUGAAUUAGAAAUAGUGCACUGCCAUUUUACAUCACAACAUUUCUUUCUUUCAAAUUAUACAACAUCCUUCUACUACAACUGUUUAUUUCCAGUUUUAAAUUUGAUUUUGAAUUACACAUUUUUAAUGUGGUCUCAGACUCUUGGACCCCAAAGUUUUAACUCACCUGUUUGAGGUUGCAUGUGUGUGUUGGGUUAAUAUUUUCUCUUUCUUUCUUCAUGCAGAUCAGGUUUCAUGGGUAGGCAUCCUGAGUCUACAUGUAAAAAAAAUUGUCUCAUCAUAAGCUAUUACAUAAUGAGCACCGUUUGUGCUCAGAUAAAUGCAUCUUAAAAUUUGUUUUUAAUUCAGACAAGGAUGACAAUGGUUGUCUCCCUCUCUUAUUCAGAUGCACCCCAUUUAGACCAUCAUAGAUUUCAAACCAUGCCUUACCCACUACCCAAUUCCCUGAGUUCUCCAUCCAUUACUGUAGAGAAGAGACCCUCCUGUCCUCCCUCAGAAA